GCAAGUAUCUAUAAGAGUACUAGUGGCGGAGGAGGCCGGGGUGGGUUGCUGAAGUCGCGACCAUGCCCUCCUCCUACAUGCCGCUGGGCCCGAGCACCACCGCCACCUCCUCCUCAGCCGCUGGCGCAAGCGGCAGCGGGCGGGUCUUCCUCGCUCCCCGAAGCCCGAUCGCCUUCGUGGGCCUUUGGGCAUGGGCCUCCGACCACGGCCGGAGGCUGGCCGAACGGACCGGCCAUGUGGCGGCCGCGGCAGCCGCUCCGGGAGCGGGAAACGGCAGUGAACAGGAUCACUAUGCCGUCCUUGGCCUCCCUCGGAGCGCCUCCGCCGCCGAGAUUAAGCGGGCCUACCGUCUCCUCGCCAGAAAGUAUCAUCCUGAUGUUAGCAAGGCUUUGCAAGCUGAUGAGGUGUUUAAGAGCAUCCACAAUGCAUAUGAGGUGCUGUCGGAUGAAGUCUCAAGGGCCCGAUAUGACAUGACACUGAGUUUUCCUAGGGCUACAGGGAGAUCAUGGAGGAGAAACCCGACCCAGAAUUCUGGACAUGAUGAAAGCAGAAGGAUGUACAGAUGGGCAGAAUUGAAACAGCGUAUGCGUUACGAGAGGCAGAACAAGGCAUAUUCAUGGUAUGAUCAUCGGGAGCCAUAUCAAGAACCUUCCCAAUAUGAGAGAGGUCCCUUCGGCGAAGUGCUAAACUUCACCUUCUUCACCCUUUUCUUGAUGAAGAUAAUCGGAUACCGAGCAUCACUUACGAUUUGUAGUUUGAUUGCAUUGCUGGACAAGCAGUUGGAUGCUGGAUAUAAGAUGGGCUAUGUGAUUGCUUGGUUCAUGGGAGGUCGUGGGGGUAUUCUGCUAUCAAUAUUAAUCCACUUCACUAGUUGGCUCUGCGGCAAGAACAACAGCAACCUUGUUGCAGUGGUAGUGGUAGCAAUGUGGAUAGGGGCAAACCUUGCAAGAUUGGCUCCCGUUCCCCAAGGGGCAGUGCUUGCCUUGCUUUACAUGUCCAUUAAGCUUCAGGUUGACCUAAAAUGAGGCGGCUCCCAUUGGGUUGACCUGACUCCAUCUGUCUCCGUUGGUCAUUAUGCUCUUUAUAUAUUCUUCCGAUAUGUUCUCCGGAUGGAUAAUCAUCGUGCUACUUGUAAAUAUAAGCUUGGGAUUGUAGAAUAUAUGACCUUGUAAGGGGGAAAAAAAGGGGGUAAAUGAAUGAUGCUUUGGAUUUCAAUCUUGUAAGGGCGCCGUCCUUCACCACAAUUGAAGGGUCAUGUCCUCUUUAUCAUGUUGGAGGAGGAAUCAGUUUUAAGUAUUGUGAUUUCUUGAUUA